UUCGAGGUGGGAUAGGGACAACGGGAACAGAAAGCGGCUGAGAAAAGUUGAUAUUUUUAUUAAACGUUUUCAGACUAUGUUGUCAAAAAGUGUCGACACUGAAAAAAAAAAGACUUUUACCCGCAUUAUGUAAUCGAACGUCCAUAACGAUGUGGCAUAAGAAAGCCUGCCGUUCACCAGUACUGAUAGGCUCCAGACGGCUUGUGCCAAGAAUGAACCCAUGAGACUCGACCAAGCUUUAAAGCAGUAUAUCGUGCGUCCAUAUCCCGGACUGGGUAAAGCCACAACAGUCAGCAGACAUACAUUAGCUUGUUUACUGUGAUCCUGCCGCAGACAAUUUUACGCGGAGUCAAGACAUCUUAUCAAAGGACAGAAAAAUGCAGGUGGCACAGGGAUUCAGCCUGAUUGGUGUUCUUUGCUUCGCAUGCUCGGCUUGUUCCCAAAGCAGCUCAGAGACAGACGGAAAUUUAAGUGUAAUCGAGCAGCUGGUGGUAAACCACUUGCACAAUCGAAACGGGACAAGCACAGAAAUAGGCAUUGUGUACACUCCGUCCACCCCAGCACCUGAAAACAUCAACUGCUUCGUAGAGGUGCCUACAACUACCCGUGUUGGGGGGCGAUGCAUACAGCUGGGCAGCAUCCGCGGCCGUAGCUCACGAAACAGUCCCUGGGCUUGCCAAGCAGGGGUUCACUUGGCUAUCACACAAGAGUGCCAGCGCUCCAGAGCCAGACCAAGAAGCGGUCGCAGACGUGGUGGCAGUGGUUAAAAGUGAAUUAAGCAGUUGAAUAGAUUUAUCGCUGGUGUUUAUUACACAUUCACAAACUUGUUUAGUGUAUCUAAGGAAUUUGGUUGCAAUUUAUCUCUUUGUAGUACGUCAGGGACAUGUUUAUGAUAAUAGGCUAUUAUAAAGUCACCCACAUUGCACCUUUCCUUUAUGUUUUACUGAUAUAUGAAGCCGAAGGAGUGACAGUAAAUCAGAAUUGCGUGAAGUGCAUCGGCGAGAGGAUGUCUCCUUAAAAGAAAAUCUAUGGUUGAAUUACAGGAAUAUUCUAUUCGCUUGUCUAGGAUUUACUUUUUUUUUUUAAAUUGUUUUGCGACUCACUAUAUUAGAGUUGACAUAAUCUUCUUGCAUUUUUAUGCUUAAUAAUAUUCGAAUAUUGCUGUUUCCGUUUAAUAUAAGAACUACCAUUUACUUUAAAGUAUAUUCUUAGUUUUAUCUUUUCGUACACAGACCUAACAGUUAGUCUCAGCGUGUAUUAUAAUACGUUUUCCAGUUUUAAGAUGUCGGUCUCCAUAUGUCUUACUUUUUCUUAAGGGGCUUCUCGUCUGGUCUUGAACAAUUUUAUUUGAUGCUCAUAUGGGAACCAGCAUUUUAGAGGUACGUAAUGAAAUGUGGAAAUGUGACUCUAUGGACGUAUGCAUCUUUUUAAGCUCUUUUCCAAUCGAACAUAUGACAAUGGCAAAUUUUAUAUAUGACCACCAUGUAAACAUCUACCAUAGUCACAUAUUCGACAAUAUGUUGAGUUAAAAAGUCUCUUUACGUACCCCCGUUUUUUUCUGCUUUACCGUUGCUAGUCCUUCAGAUUUGCUGAGCAAGCUUUUUUUAAAAGAUGGAUUCGUGUCAACCUUAUUUGCUCCAUUUGUUACAGUUAAAAUUGUCUCGUAACGCGAUCGGGCUUCGCGGGACUUGCUCUUUCACAGGCACACUCGCAAUCACACAGACUUUCACGCGCGAUAUUAACGAAGCCAAUCACUCUUCAGUGGACACAGAACACGCACACGGAGGGACAGUACAAAACUGUGAAGCGCGUGUCACUGUUGAAGUAGCAGGAGUCGCUACUAAAGUAGUGUAAGCGUGUGUCGCCGAUUGUAUAUCCGGACUGAUUUGCCAGUGUGUAUAAGAGUAGACCUGUUAUACAAACUGCAAAUAAAGUUGUCGUUUCGAACUAUGUUCGACUCCAAAGACAGAUUCUUGGAGAGGCUGGCACCGUAGUUUAAAGACCCAAAACAAGCCGACGACGACGCCUAGGAUUUAUGCUUCUUCGCUCAAUUCAAAUACGGGACGUUAACCACCAUCCCACUUUUCCUGUACCAUAAUGUAUAUUCACAUUUAUUGUUACUCGUUUGCACUUUUAUUAUUAAAAUAGUUUAUUUCGAAAUCAAAAUUUAUACAAAAUUUCAUUAAAAUCGAAUCUGAGGACAAAAAAUAUGACGAAGACACCUUUUAAUUUCAAGUUUAAAUUAAACCGCUUUGUUUUCCAGAUAAAAAGCUACAAAUCUUUCUUUAACCGAUUUCAGUCUCACGUUCAAUAUAUAAAAGUAUAUUACGUUUAUAUUUUCUGUGAAAAUGGUACAAAUCUUACUUUUGAUCUUUUGAAUUUAGUCCUCCAGACAACUUGAUAUGUCAAUACCAUUUUUAUGCUGUUGAAUUUACAUGUAUUUUAUGUGUCUGGUCAGUGAAGCAAAGUAACGAGUAUAUAUAUAUAGGAGCACAGUUUAACAGAAAAAUAUUGUGUGUAUAAAUAUGUAAGUGAUUUUCAACGUUUGCCGCGGUACUGCCACAAAGUAGUAGCUGUAGAUAUUCUGGCUAAAUUUUAAUGACGGCACUCAAAGAUGAUGAUGAAAUUGUUGCUUUUGGCACCAGUGGUUGCAUGAAGCCUUUUGUUUUUGCACUUUCUUGAUCCGGAUGAAAGUAGCGGGGUUCAUUUGUCGCACGAGUAUUACUCUGGUGUCAUGCAAGUGGUAAAUAUCUAUCACAUUGUUUAAAUAAAGAUCUUUUUAUUUCA